GGGGGCGGGGCCGGGCGGCCGGGCGGGGCUCGCGGGUCGGCGUCCGCUCCAGUCUCCGCAUCCGCGGUUCUAGUGAGAGUGUCCCGCCAUGGAGCAUCCGCGGAAGGCGGUGGUGGUGACCGGGUUUGGCCCUUUUGGGGAGCACACUGUGAACGCCAGCUGGAUUGCUGUCCAGGAACUGGAGAAGCUGGGACUUGGGGACAGUGUGGACCUGCAUGUGUAUGAGAUCCCUGUGGAGUACCAGACUGUACAAAGGCUCAUCCCUGCACUGUGGGAGAAACACAGUCCCCAGCUUGUGGUGCAUGUUGGGGUGUCAGGCAUGGCCACCACAGUGACACUGGAGAAAUGUGGACACAACAAGGGCUACAAGGGACUGGAUAAUUGCCGAUUCUGCCCUGGCUCACAGUGCUGUGUGGAGGAUGGCCCCGAGAGCAUCGACUCCAUCAUUGACAUGGAUGCUGUGUGCAAAAGGGUUACCACACUGGGGCUUGACGUGUCUGUCACCAUUUCCCAGGAUGCUGGCAGGUACCUGUGUGACUUCGCCUAUUACACUUCACUCUACCAGGGCCGAGGCCGGUCAGCUUUUGUUCAUGUGCCCCCACUGGGCAAGCCCUACAAUGCCGACCAGCUAGGCCGGGCACUACGGGCCAUCAUCGAGGAGAUGCUAGGUGUCCUGGAGCAGGUGGAAGAGGACAUCAGCUGUUGCCACCAGCACUGACAGCCACGCACACCCAAGUGCUGUGAGAGGAGACACAGCUGGGCCCACGGAAAGCCCUGGCUCACGUUUGCUCCUCCCCUGGUGGGCCACUCGGCAGGUGGAUGGAGGGACCUCUUUCUGGAUAUUGUCCUGUGUCUGGGGACACAGCUAUUGUGCUCAGAGGCCAAGGCCAGGGUGAGGUGGCCACAGGCUGGUGGCUUGAACACCUGCCAUGCCACUACCAUGACACCAACACAGCUCUUCCAGGUCUAUGGACCAGAGUCAGAGCUGCUGGCCCGUAGUGAGACUCUGGACAGUUCCUGCCAAAGCCACCUGGAACAUGGCUGCCAUUUCUGUCCUGUCGUCCCUCACCCCCACACCCCACCUGCUCUUCCCCUCCUUUCCCUUCUCCAGUACUAGGUUAGGGAACAGAGUAAUUCCCAUUGUUAAAACUUCAGAAAAAGA